AAACAUAAACCCCUGAGCUCCAAUUUUGCAGACAAAACACGCAGUGACACACAGUGAAAUGGGAGAGAAGGUGAAAUACUUGGUGUUGCUCGGAGCCGGAGCGGUACUAGGUUCUGCUGCUACCGUCGCUAUCUUCAAACUUCUACCCAGACGGGUUGGAAGGCAAUGUACUAAUGUGGAGGCGGCGAAUGAAUUGAAUGACCACAAGUUUUCGGAGAAUAAGAAUCAUGGGGCUACAGGUUCUGACCUGCUAAUGGAUGAAAUUGUGUCUGAACAGCUUACAAGGAAUAUUCAGUUCUUUGGAUUGGAACAUCAGAAAAAAGUGGUUUCGUCGUACGUUGUGGUCAUUGGUCUUGGAGGAGUUGGUAGCCAUGCUGCAUCUAUGCUUUUGAGGUCCGGUGUAGGCAAACUUCUCCUUGUCGAUUUUGAUCAGGUCUCUGUUUCGUCGUUAAAUAGACAUGCUGUUGCCACGAGGGAGGAUGUAGGUACCCCGAAAGCACUGUGUUUGAAGAAGCAUUUCUCGACAAUUUUCCCAGAGUGCAAUGUCGAUGCGAAAGUGCAAUUAUAUGAUUCGUCGUCUGAAGAUGAAAUUCUUUCCGGGAACCCUGACUUUGUACUAGAUUGCAUCGAUAACAUUGACACAAAGGUAGCACUUCUUGCUGCAUGUGUACGAAGGGGUUUGAAAGUUGUAUCUGCAACAGGAGCUGGUGCAAGAGCGGAUCCAACAAGAAUUCAUGUCGCUGACUUACGAGAAUCAACUAACGAUCCACUUUCUCGUGCAGUCAGGCACCGUUUAAGGAAAGAUCAUGGAAUUGAAGGUGGCAUUCCCGUAGUUUUCUCAUCGGAAAAACCAAAAGCAAAGUUGCUUCCUUUCAAAGGACCGAGUGGGGAAGAAGAAAAUCCUUCAGAUUAUCAGAUUGUUCCAGGUUUCCGAGUUCGAAUAAUUCCAGUUCUAGGAACAAUACCAGCUAUUUUCGGACAAGUGAUGGCUUCGUAUGUUUUAACUCAACUGGCAGAAUUGCAAGUUCAUAUGGAACCCGUCGUGAAUUUUGAUAUGGAUCAUUACCGUGUACUCCAUCAGCGACUCAUCGAACACGAAGAGUUACAAUACGGUACAGCAAUUGAAGUUCAGGUAGAUGUUGAGGAGGUUAUGUAUAUAGCCAAAGAGUUGUGGCACGGCCGAAGUGCAAGAGAUCAAUCGCUGAAAGAUGUUGGCCGUGGUAUGUGGCGUUCAAUCAACGAGUUGAUACUUAUCAGAUGGGAUCGAAUGAAACCAGCUUCCGUAUCAAAUCUCAUUCUCCUCAAAUUUCAAGAGGCUGAUGAGCAUGAAUCGAGGUCACUGGAAGAUAUAAAAAACCAAGAACCGGAAUAUUUUUCGAGAGUGACCUCUGUGCUUAAGCGCGCUGAAUUGGACUUCGGGUUAUGAUUUUUUUCUAUAUAUAUUAUUUUUUUUCUAAUUAUAUAUGACAAUGUACUAUGGCAACUGGUAGAUUGAAAGAAUGAUUUAAAUGGCACAUUGAUUAUUCUUCUCAAUUGGAGAUGAGUGUGACAUUUAUUUUAGGGUAUAUGAAUAAGAUUAUUAUUUUGAUUUGAAGUUUAAGCAAUUCGCUGUGUCGUUCA